CUCCAAAACACCUCGCUCUGCUCUCAGCCGCUGCAGGCUGCCGGGUGAAGCAGGAUGAGCGUGCCGGCCGACGAGCCGGGCAACCCAGCCCAUGCCGUCUUCGAGAGGUUCCUGCGUGCCGGGGAAUGCCGGGAAGUGCUGGGCUGCUUCGGGGAGCUGUGCCAGCGGCUGGGGCUGCAGGGCAGCGGGCUGCAGCUCUACCACGGCCUCAAGGCUGCCCUCAACUACUGGAGUGCCAAGGCCCUGUGGAGCAAGCUGGAUAAGAAAGCCGGGCACAAGGAUUACGACCAGGGCACAGCCUGCGCCAGCACCAAGUGCCUGGUGGUGGGGGCCGGCCCCUGCGGGCUGCGGGUGGCCAUCGAGCUGGCGCUGCUGGGCGCCCGCGUGGUGCUGCUGGAGAAGCGGGACUCCUUCUCCCGCAACAACGUCCUGCACCUCUGGCCCUUCACCAUCCACGACCUGCGGGCGCUGGGAGCCAAGAAGUUUUAUGGGCGCUUCUGCACCGGCACUCUGGACCAUAUCAGUAUCCGGCAGCUCCAGUUGAUCCUGCUGAAGGUGGCUUUGCUCCUGGGGGUGGAGGUGCACAUCAACGUGCAGUUCAAGGGCCUCGUCCCCACCGUGGGCAGGGCCGGGGGACAGGGCAGCUGGCGAGCUGUGCUGCAGCCCAGCUCCUCUCCCCUCAGCCACUACGAGUUUGACGUCCUCAUCUCAGCUGGCGGUGGCAAAUUUGUCCCUGAAGGGUUCAAGCGGAAGGAGACGCGGGGGAAGUUGGCCAUCGGCAUCACCACCAACUUCAUCAACCGCCACAGCCGGGCCGAGGUGGAGGUGGCCGAGAUCAGUGGUGUGGCCAGAAUCUACAACCAGAAGUUCUUCCAAAAUCUCUACAACAAAACAGGCAUUGACCUGGAAAACAUCGUCUACUACAAGGACGACACUCACUAUUUCGUCAUGACGGCCAAGAAGCAGAGUCUGCUCAAGAAGGGGGUCAUCCUCCAGGACAAAGCGGACAUCGAGAGCCUCCUGUCCCCAGAGAACGUGAACCGGGACGCUCUCCUCAGCUAUGCCAAAGAAGCCGCCAACUUCUCCACCAACUACCGCCUGCCUGAGCUGGAGUUUGCCCUCAACCACCGGGACCUGCCGGAUGUCGAUAUGUUCGACUUCACCUGCAUGACGCGCUCAGAGAACGCGGCGCUGGUGCGGGAGCACAACGGGGCCCGUCUGCUCCUUGGGCUGGUGGGCGACUGCUUGGUGGAGCCCUUCUGGCCGCUGGGCACCGGCGUGGCCAGGGGCUUCCUCGCUGCCUUCGACGCAGCGUGGAUGGUGCGGCGGUGGGCGGCCGGGACCCCCCCACUGGAGGUGCUGGCUGAGAGGGAGAGCAUCUACCAGCACCUCUCGCAGACCUCCCCGGACAACACCAACAAGAACAUCAGCCAGUACAGCAUUGACCCGGCCACGCGCUACCCCAACAUCAACCUGCAGGCCAUCAAAGCCAGCCAGGUCCAGGACCUCUACCUUGUGGGCAUGGUGGAGGUGGACCACAAGAAGAAGACCGACAACCGUCUCAGCACCGCGGUCUCCGGAGACGCCUACGAAGAGCUGCUGAACUGGUGCCAGGCCAGCACGGCCGGCUACCGUGGCGUGGCAGUGAUCAACUUCACCACCUCCUGGACCAGUGGUUUGGCUCUCUGCGCUCUCAUCCACCGCUUCCGCCCCGACCUGGUGGACUUUGACUCCAUGGACCCCCAGGAUCCCAUCCGGACCCACCAGAUGAUGCUGGACACGGCGGAGCAGGAGCUGGGCAUCCAGCCGGUGCUCUCCAGCACCGAGAUGGCCACCAUGGAAGAGCCCAACCGCCUCGGGCUCAUCACCUACCUCAGCCAGUUUUAUGAAGCUUUCAAGACCUCUCCAGAGGUGGAGGAGGUCAGCAAGAAGCUGCUGUCUCCCCGGGGCACGCGAGGGGCCAUCCUCUUCCUCAGCAAGCUGCAGAAGAGCCGGAACCUGACACAUAAGCGCGCCCAGGACAGUGCCCAGAAGGAUGCUGAGGCCAAGAGGAGCCGCAGGGAUGCCGAGCUGGACACGGGGCUGGGUGGAGACACUCUAGACAGUGCCCAUGAGCCGCCGCAAACCGCCACCAUGGACGCAGGGCAGCUACCUGCCCGUGGGGAGAGCAGCGACGCCUGCUACUUCUGCGGCCGCCGCGUCUACAUCUUGGAGCGAGCCAGCGCCGAGGGACGCUUCUUCCACCGCGGCUGCUUCCAGUGCCGGCGGUGCGGGGCCACCCUGCGCCUGGGCGACUACACCUUCGACGAGGAGGACGGUCAUUUUUACUGCUCGCUUCACUACCCCAAUCCACCCGGCAUGGACCUGCCCCAGGACGAGCCCCCGGCGCUGCCCGAUGGGGAUGCUGCCGCCAUCCACCCACCCUCAGAUGCUGGGAGCCCACGUGUGUCCCCCAAGGAGGGGGCACCCAGUCCCCUACAGCCCCCACCAGCAGCCCCAUGGCCGGGGGGAUUGUCUGGGGCAGCAGAAGAUGCUGCGGAUGCUGGUGACAUGGAGGAGCAGGAGCUGCCGGCACAGCCCAGGGGGGAUGCAAGGGAGGAGGAGGGUCCCAGACUGGAGCCCCAGGUGGUGGCAGAGGAGGGUGAGGAGAGUGGGGGCAGGAGGAAGAUCGUUCUCACGCCCCUGGAGAAGCUCAAGCUGUCCACGCUGAACCUCACCAGCGAAGCAGAGGCUGAGCCGCCACCGAAGCCGGCUCGUCUGCGGCUCCAAGCAGCGCCCGAGGCCCUCCCUGCCCUGUGGCAGGGACAAGGCACCUGGGAGGAGGAGGAGGAGGAAACGGCUGUGGAGGAAGCUUUGGAGGAGAGUGACAGCGAGGAAGAGGAGGAGGCGGAAGACACAGACCUUGGCAUCGUGGCAGAGUGGUGCCUGGACCUGGGGGAAGAGGAGAAAUACCCCACCUGGAAGCGCACGCUGACCCGCCGGGCCAGGGAAGCCCAGAUGAAGCGGUUCUGCAAAGCCCAGGCCAUCCAGAGGCGGCUGGAGGAGAUCGAGGUGACCUUCCAUGAGCUGGAGCAACAGGGCAUCAAGCUGGAGAAGUUACUCCGGGAUGAGGACGGCACCCCGGUCAACCAGAAGACACAGUGGAUGAACCAGCUGCUGUACUUGGUCCAAAAGAAGAACAGCCUCAUGUCCGAGGAGUCGGACCUCAUGAUCGCGGUGCAGGAGCUGAAGCUGGAGGAGCAGCAGUGGCAACUCGACCAGAAGCUCCGGUGCUACAUGAACAGGGAGGAAUCCCUGAAGACACCCCAGGAUCGUGCGGCCGAGCAGGAGAUCCUGGUGCAGCUGCUGGAGGUGGUGAACAAGCGCAACGUCCUCAUCCACAUCGAGGAGGAGAAGCGGCUCAGCGAGCUGCAGGCCUGAUCCGUGUGGCCCCAGGACCCGCUGGUUCCUCCCUGGAGGGGGACAAGCGGUCCCCCCCCGACCCCGGCUGAGCAUCACCCUGAGCAGCUUCUGAAGGUGGUGAUGCCUGAGCUGCCCCCAGGCAGCUGCUGCAGUGAAUCCAGGUCCCCGCUUGCCAAAGCCUGCCGUGGAGGGGCUGGACCCACUGGUGGACACCCGAGUGGGGAGAUACCGAGGAGCACCCCAGCUUUGGGGUGCAGAGAGGGCAUCCCCGCUCUUGGCUGGAUUGCCUUUGCCUUGUGCUUGCUUGAAAACAAG